CGGAGAAGUAGACACGACUGAGAGGGCCGGUUCCCCUGACAAGGCUGGAGUCACGCAAACAUUGCAUCAUUGUUUGGGUUGAGACGCAAGUCAUUGAGGCAAGACAGGCACACAAGAGAACGGCUCGGAGAGAAAGAGAGAGCGUGUGUCAGGAGGGGGAUGCGGACUGGUUUUUGUUCUCAAACCGGUCCCUGCUCUUCGCUUAAUCAUCCUGUCCCCACGUCCACCGCCAACCUACCUAUACCAUACCACCUUGCCUUAGGUACCUUGGGACCUUGGCCAAUUUUGCACCAGCCAAGGGCCCCUGUCACUUACUCGCCCUCCACUUCCAGAAAAUCAGAGAAGAAAAAAAAAAAGCGGCUGCCAGUUUUUCCAGCAGACCCAGCAAGCAAGCAAGCACCGGGAGAGGGAAGAGAGGCAAAGAGGGGCAAAAACCAUAAAGAUGGCUGAGGACACUACUACUACCUACGCACCAAAGUCGCCGGACCUCUCUUCUUUUUUUUCGGCAGCACCCGCCCCGCCCACGCCUCCACUACACAAUCUGCAGCACAACCAGCAAUACCUGAACGAGCUGCAAACCGCCGCACCGCCGGUAUAUGAAUACUCCUCCCCCUCGCCACGCGCCUACCAUCCUCACCAGUCGUCUUCAACUCCUGUACACAUCAAACAGGAGCAGCCCCACUACCCGCCUUCAGCGGCAAUCAAGUCCGAAUCGGUCUUGUCUUCCUAUCAGCCACCACUGCAGACCCCCCAGCGUCAGCAGCAACCGCACCAAUACCAGCCCCAACCACAGUACCCAUCUCCUCGGUACCACCAGUCGCCGCCACAACAGCACCAGCAGCACCCAUCUCCGCAACAUCCACAAAGUGCAUAUGGGAUCCAGCCCGCCGUCAAGCAUCAAGAACAUCAGCAACAACCACACCAGCCCUCAACACCACAAAGCCAAGGGUUCCUAGAGCAGAAAAUAUCUGGCGCAACCCCUCAGCUUUACGAUACACCGUACUAUCCGGACUCCCAACAUCUUCCACAAACACCGGGUUCAGCAACAAUGCCUCCCAGAAAGAACACACAGUCAGCCCCUUCGCCGCCGCCAAUCGAUCCCUCGCCAGUCCGCACAAAGUUUCCCACCGCGAGGAUAAAGCGCAUCAUGCAGGCCGACGAGGAGGUCGGCAAGGUCGCGCAGCAGACCCCUAUUGCCGUUGGCAAGGCCUUGGAGAUGUUUAUGAUUGCUGUCGUCAGCCGGAGCGCAGAAAUCGCCCGGGAGAAGAACUCGAAGCGAGUCACGGCUCAGAUGCUCAAGCAAGUCAUCGAGACAGACGGCCAGUAUGACUUCUUGGCCGACAUUGCCGCUAAGGUCGGCGAUGAAGAGAAGCGGGGCGGCCGCUCCAAGGCCGAGUCGGAGAGUGAGGAAGAAAUGGAAGUCGAGACGAAGAAGAAGGGCAAGGGCGGUCGUAAGAAGAAGGCCGCGUGAGUUGACGUCUCCCUCUCGACGUGGGGAACACUUCCGUGAUGAGAAACACGACUAGGGUUAUGAGAAUUGGCGUUGGACUGGCUAGCAUCUACAUCGGCGUUGGGUGACAUGACGGUGGGGAAAACUUGUCUAAAUGUCACUUGGGAGGGGCAUAUGGGUAUAUGGUGUGGCACCGAGGAAUCAAGCGCUGCUUCCUCGGCCCGCAUGCUGUGAUGGCUCAUCUUACAUCCGUACCGAUUUUAGAAUGAAAUCACUUUUUCUUUUCUGCGCAUCAC